UGAUCAUCAAGCAGAUAACUCUAAAUCAAAUCUUUUAAAAGAUAAUCAACUUUUCUUUUCCGAUAUUUCAAAGAAAUCAGUAUGAUAAGCGCCAAGAAACUCAUCAAGAUGGCAAGGAAAUGGCAAAAGUUUGCAGCUAAGCAGAGGAAGAGAAUUUCUUUUCCAAGAUCCAAUUACUAUGAUGCUGAGAGUUGUAGCACAUCAUCUUCCAUAGUUGACAGAGGCCACUUUGUGGUGUAUACAACCGAUCAAAAGCGAUUUGUGGUUCCAUUGGCUUAUCUUCAACAUGACGUAAUCAGACAACUGUUGCACAUGUCUGAAGAAGAGUUUGGACUUCCAAGUUAUGGUCCUAUUACAUUACCAUGUGAUGCACUGUUCAUGAACUAUAUCAUAUCACUCGUCAAAAGAGGUGUAGCCGCUGAUCUUCAGAAUGCUUUGCUUGUUUCUGUACCUUCCAAUCAAUGUUCAUCUGCUUCAUACCUUCAAGAACGACGAAAUCUAGAAUUGUUAGUUUGUUAAGCUAACUGUAACAAUUUUUAUAGUAGAUACAUGGUACUAAACAAGUGUAUAUAUAGAAUGUCAAUAUUUAUUAUUCAUCAAAAUUACCAUUUUCUUGACUCCAUUUUGUUCUA